AUAGUGCAACAUCUGCUCCUUGGCCAAACAUCAGUACAACGCCAGUCAGUAUCCGAAGAAGAACAACGAACCAGAAGAGGAGCAAAAAAAUAGUUGCAGACGUUUAAAACGUGAAUCAACCAACCAACUACUCCUAAAAAAAAGGAAAAAUUAUCUAUUUUUUGUUUAAAAGAAACGGAAUCCGCAAAAGCAAAGUAAAACCUAUCGAGAAAAAAGUAGAUAUUCGAAACAACGUCCUACAUUUUUAUGAAACUCUACGCUAAGUUUUAAGAAAAAAAAAAUACACACUCACAUACAUACGGGAUAGAAAUCGAGGCAGAAAACGGCAAUUGAAAAUCGUAAUGCACUUUGCAAAAACGCAGUGAACUUGAAAUAAAAGAUAUUUAAAUUACAUUUUUAGUAUACUUGUAUCUGUUGCAAAAAAAAAAAAAGAAAACACAUACCUAUCUACCAACAGACGGAAAGAAAAACCAUAUGUGUGACAUCGGCAUCUGUAAUCUAAACUGUACGCACUGAAUCCCCCUAUAGUUUGUUGGGGUACCCCGCACAUUUUCAUUUCUUGUCUCGUUUUGUUGUUUGCCUGCCAGCCUGCCACGGACAGCGAAUUUCCGAAAACCCCAAAAGACAUUUGGCUCCAUUCAAGUUAAGGGUGUGAGUCUUGCUGUCUGUCUGUCUGUUUUAUGUGUGUCUGUGUGUGUGUGCGUGAAUCUGUGAGUUUUGUUAAAUGUGAAAUUGGUGUUGAAAUAUAAAAGGAAAAUAAAAAUUAUAAUACCUACUCAUCACAGCUAAGCUUCUAUCUUCAAAAAAAAAAAAGAGUAUAUAUUACCUUAAAUCAAGGACAUAGAGAAAUCAUCAUACGCUCCCAAGUAGAGUCGAAACAACACCACUUAACAGCAACAAUAACAACUAAUUCAAACCAAAGCUGAGUCACGCAGUGUUCAGCAACAACAACAGCAACAGUGAAAAUUGUUCGGAAAAAGCCUCAUAAACCAUUAAGGCAACCAGCCAACACACAUUCGAUAUCAAAACACGCGACUUUAAACACCACAUCACUCGCUAGUUCGCUUGUCGUUCCAAAGCCGAACACAAACUACAGUUGUGUUUUGUGAAAAAUAAAGCAAAAAAGAAAAAUUGAAAAAAGAAAAUCAAUCUUCAGACAAAAAAGAAAACGGAAAACCUCAACACUUCAAAAAAAAGGAGCAGAAACUCUAACCUCUUCAACCGACCAAUCAAUCUUUUUUUGAGUCAGGCCAAUUGGAGGUGCUCCGGGGGGAGUUGAAACACACCAAACAACUGCAUACCGAGCAUAAUAAAAAACAAGUCCAACUUCCUUCGAUUUCGCAAACAACGAACGGAACCAAACAACAAGAACAACAAAACAAAAACUAAAAGGCAAAGACAAACAGCCUCCCGUCAUCUCCAAACACUGUAACGGCCGCCCUAUUUAAAUAUCAACAACAUACCUAUUUGGAUUAUUCAAAAUUACUUAAGUAAAAUUAAUUCUUACAAAACCAACCAAAAAUUUGUUUUGAAACCAAACAAAAAAAUCUGUGAUUAAAAAAAUAUAAAAAAUAAAAGUAUAUUUUUUAAUACUGCACCCUUUACUCAAAAAUUUCGCCAUACGUUUUUUGUGCACUUUUUUAUUUUGAUAAUAACAACUACCAAACACUACAUAUUUAAUUAGAAACAAAGAAAAAAACAAAAACAACAAAUAAAAUAAAACGAAAACACAACAACUGCAACUGCAACACAGGCCAAAGGAGCAGAACAGAACAACAUUUGCAGCAGAGCAGCAGCAACAUCACAAAAAAAAAAAACUGACAACCAACCAAAGACAUCCCACUUUUUUUCCUCUCACUCGUGGCAUUCUUAGCCAAAAGUUUAUUUAAAUGGAAAUCAUUCCUGAAGGCAGACACUUCCGUUUGGUGCAAGAAUCAGAGCUUCCCGAAAUAUUGGAGUAUUUAGAACGCUUUCUGCCGGAAUCACUAAAGUUUCAUCAAACAAUACGAACGUACCUGAAUGAUCGUGUUUGGGAUUUUAAAUUUUAUGUAUCGAAAGAUUGGCCAGAGAAACCCAUUAUCUUACACUUUCCAGGAUGCACGCUAACGCCCGAAAACAAUAUAUACCGAAGCUUUGGCAUCUUCUGCCCUUCGGAACAGAUCGAACAUGUCGAUCUGAUGCGCACCGAAGACAUUCUAAUCGAUUGGUCACUACCACUGUACCUGAAUUUUACGCACAUCGCCAUUAUGAAUCGCCUGGAUGAUUUCUAUAAGAAAAUGGGCAUCAUGGAGCGGCUGGAGGGCGACAUCUAUGUGUGCAAUAAACUCAAUACGGACUUGCAAUUGGAUGAUUUGCCCGACGACGCCGAGAUGCGUCCACUCAAAGUGGAGGAUGUCGAGCACAUACAUGAUCUCUAUCCGGCCAAUGAAAUCGAAUGCGUUGAUGUUUUUAAUAUUUUGGUUCGAGUACUGCCCGGCCUGGGUGUCUUCCGCAAGGAUACGAACGAGUUGGCCGCAUGGAUGGUACAUUCAUAUUAUGGCGCUAUGUUUUCCAUGCAAACACGUCCAAACUAUAGAAGAUUGGGUUAUGGCAUUCGUUUGGCUACAGCUUUAACCAAAAAAGUUAUUGAACGAGGCUAUAAACCAUUUGUUGUGAUACGUCCACAAAACGAUGCUUCUCGUAAUCUGUAUACUAAGUUAGGUUUUGAAAAAGUCUAUGAAACGUGCCGAGUCAAAAUGACACCGAAUCCUAUACACACAAACGGUGGUCCUGAACCCUCAGCUCCCGAACUGGAACCAGAAGCGGAGAAUAAACCCAUAGAUGAAGGCAUUGAAGAUAUGCUGGCUGAAAAGUGUGAUAUUAAAGCUGCUGAUGAAGCUUCGGGCCAAGAUAAGAAGGCCACAACAGCCGAUGAGGGCAUCGGCGAGGAUAAGUAAAUCUCUAGUUAGGUAUUAUAACACAAAACUGCAAAACAAAAUCACCAAAACAACACAGACACGCUAUAACAACACAAAUGAAAAACAAAUUUUUGAAUACUUUAACUAAAUAAAAAAUUAAAAAAAAAAAAACAAAAAACAAUAAAUAAAAACCAAAACACACACAUACACUCACAUACAGAAAGUAAAUUUUAAAAUAAGGCCGACAAAUUUCUAUUGCAGAAAUACCGGGAAAAUAAGCAUGUAGUGAUGAAAAUAGAAAAACAAAAUAUAAAAAUAAAUUAUUAUUAUAAUAUAAUUAUAUAUGAAGAAAUGACAAGAGAAAGAGGCAACAGGAAAACUAUAUACAAAACAAAUUAUUAAUAAUAAAAAAAGAAAAUAAAAACAAAAACAAAAAAUGCAACAAUGCUCUAUUAAGUUUAUUAUUGAAAAACAAAAAAAUGAAGUAUUUAACAACAAACAAAUCUCUCCCCCUAUAUACAAAACCAAAAAAAAAAAAACAAAAAGAGAAGGAAGAAAGCAAAACAAAAAUAAUGCAUAUAAAAAUCUUAUUAUUAAUUAAACCAAGAAUAUUGAAUUAAGUAAACAAAAAACAAAAACUGAAACCACUAACACCCUCAAAAAUAUUCCCACAAUUUUAAAGCGAAAACUACGAAAACAAAAUCUUAACGAGGAAACCUCAACUAUAUAUCUUUUAUGAAUUUUUUUGUUUUUCGCUUUGAAAAAAGUUUACUCACUCCUACUAAAAACACCCAAGCAAACAAAUAAAAAUGAAAAUUGAUUUUCUUUGUUUGUUUGUUCUUCCCAAUACCAGUUAGGUUUUCUAUGAAAAUGUAACAAAAACCAAAAUCCUAAAACAAAAAUGUUGAAUUACCACAAUUCGAAAAUAGUGUUGCAAAAAAUUGCAUUGACAAAUGGGAUGCAUGAAAAAAUCGUUGCUUAAAGUUAAAUUGUUGAUAAAAUGAAGAAGUCCUGUGAAAGGUGGAAGUUAAGACAAAAUGGAUUGAAAGUGGAAUUAAGGAUUAUCAAAUGUAUACCCAGAAACUAAAGAUGUUAAUUUUAUUUAUUAUUUUUUUUUUUUUUUUUGCUGGGACCAAAAUGUAUUUUCGACGUGGCACGGCGAGGCCUACUGUUAUCUUCUUUUGCUGUCAAAAUACAACUUUUUGAUUAAAUAUAUAUAAAAAUAUUUCUUUUCUGAAUAUACAUGUACAACUUUAAAACGUAAAAUUUGUGAGAUGUUGUUUUCUUGGAAGAAAACAAAGAAAAGACUAAGGGCUAAAUUCGCCUCCUCUGUGGCUUAAUUAAUAGGACUUGGCUGAGACUAUUAGAUUUAUGUUACAGAAAUAUUCCCUUAUUAGAGCGUAAUGAUCUAUAACAUACUUUUAGUUUUUGUGGUUAUAUAAUCCGUCCUUGGUGCCAUGAAAUAACUUCCAAGUCUUUUUUUGGGACUUGUUAAGAAAAAUAUUAUGUCCAAACAUUGAAGAUUCAAGAUUAGGAAAUCGCAAUAAUACAUUCUAAAUGCGUGUAUAAUCGAUAAAAUCCUUUUUGUUUUAUGAUUACCUAAAGUCUGUAUUUACAAGUUUGGCAUGACACGUCCACAAAAACAUUAAUCAUAUUCAACGAGUUUAUAAUUGAUCACGCUAUGAAGUCUAUUUUGAACUUGGAGCCAGAGCUAUGGAUUUAAACGUAUUAUACAAGACUUUCAGAUCAAAUGUGGAGAUUUUAAAGAAUAAGUAGUGCGACACUGUAACUAUGUUGUGAGUUAACGACAAAAUAUGCUUAUGAUUUCGGUAAUUAACGGAAUUUUUCGGCUUGUUAGCGACCAAAUUAACUUUAAUUUCGACUUUUUUCAUUCAUAAUUCAAUUUGUUCUCAUUUAUGUAAAAUUGAAACUAUUGCUAAAAAUGUAGCAUACUUUUAGGAGUAACAUAAACUAAUUCUCAUUAUACCACAAGGUGGUCAGGGUCUUUGUCUUUGUGCAUUUGUUUGUAACAGGCAAAAGGAAACAAUAUAGACCCAUAGCUCUUUUUGAUGAUCUGCAUAGAAUCACAUUCUAAGUCGAUCUAUGCAUGUCCGUCCGUCCAUCAGUCAAUGUAUUUUUGUAAACAAUGUACAUAUCGCAUUUAUUGUCCGAUCCAGAUGAAAUUUUACACAAAUAACUGUUUUGGCCCAAGGACGAACCCUAUUCAAAUUGGAGAUAAUCGGUCAAAAUUUAGAUAAAGCUCCCAUAUAUAUCUUCGUCCGAUUUGCCUUUUAUUGUGCUCCAAACGUGUAAUAUUUGGCCAAAUGGAAUGGAAUUUGUCACUUAGGACCAAAUUGAGGCUUGAAAUAAGUGUGUUAAAUUUGGUGAAAAUCGGUAUAGAUAUAGCAAUAGCACCCAUAUAUAUUAUUCAUCCGAUUUGUUGAAUAUGUCCUGCACAGUCGUAAUAUGCAUUUUGUAGUAACGAUACUCGGGGAAAUAUGUCAAAUGCAGCUCAGAAAUACCUUUGCCAAAUUUUAUCAAGAUCGCUUCAGACUUGCAUACAGCUUCCAUAUAUAUUUUUAUCCAAAUGGGUAAUACAAGCCCGAAUUGAAAAGUCACAAAUCCUCGGCAAAUUUAGUAGAAAUCGAUUCAAAGCAGGAUAUUCCUUUCAGAAUACGAAACUUUUCAUUUGAAAAUCAGGAUUUGUUGGCGAAUAUCGGAGUUUCAAAAUUUCAUUAGCCUUUAAUUUUGAUAAUAUUUUGAGAUACUCACGAAAUUCGUCUAGGGCUUGCAGAUGAGGAAAAUCUAUGGAAUGAAUUCAUGUAUUGCAGCAAAACCAAUAAAAAUUUUACCGAUUUCUCCACCAAAUUUCGGUGUCGCAGCGAAGUAAAUGCUUUUGCGAAAUUUAUUUUCUUGUAAUUUUUCUUCGUAAGCGUUAAGAGAAAUACAAAACCCACAACAUUCAUUGCAUUUUUCCGCAAUGAAAAAUAUAUGUAUUUGUUUUUGAAGUUUUUCCUUUCAAAUUAUAUUAUAAUAAUAGCUCUAUUCACGAACCAUAAAAAUAUAUUACAUAUACAUUUUUUUUACAAACUUCUUCCCGCGUGAUUUGCGACUGGCUCAUUCGACACCGUUUAGUGAAUGUAAUUUAUUGUGGGUAAUUAGUAGUGAAAAGGAUCUUCACCAAUGGAUUAGCUUAGACAGGAGUUGUUGUUGUUAUAACAGCAAUACAUGCUGCGUGCUGCAGUUCUGCUUAUCUGAUUUAAAAGCAUACUGGUGAAUACUCCUCCACCCCAUAGCAUUAGUACUCCUAGAACACACUGAGCCCUCAGUCCGACGUAAUCCAUAAUAAAUGGUCAACGAAAACGUCCCCUUAUCUUUGCCUUGGCUUUCAGGAUCUUGUUCCUACUUUUCAAUUUAUCGCAGACAAUAUGCUGUCGAACGUGUCCCAUAGGAUCUCGACUUGUGGAUAUUUUAGUAUUUCUUGCUUGGAAAAAAGUGGAUAGUUGGUUAACCUAAAGCGUACGUGAUCAACGGCAGGAAUCCAUGCCAUUAUCAUGGAAUCAUCAGCUAUAUCUACGCUGUCUGGAAUUCCCAGUUUCGGGGAUACAUAUCACUUCCUGUUUUACUCUACGGGUAUGAACAAUGCUGUUGUGGUACGAUAUUUUGAACAGAAUCCAUUUUGAUGAUCGGCAAUUGGAUAUCUUUCCCUAUAAUGGGGAGAAGUAAAAGAACAAGUAUCUUCGAUCCUAACGACAAACCCAAAAGUCUCGCCUUUGUUGGCAUCCUUGUCUGUUGGGCGUUCCACCCGGACAUUGUCCAGUCUUGGACAGCCGUUUUGAUGGCUAGCUACAGGUUAAGGACAUCAACUUCUUAAACUCAACUCCUGGCGUAUCCAGCUGUUUCAAUAUCACCCAUAGUAAAUUGUGGUGGUACAUCUUCAACAGAAAGAGGGAUGCCGUGUGUGUCUGCAUUAUUUUCUAUGGAGUUCUGCCAAGCCACCGAUGUAAUACGAUCUCUCUAUAGUGGCUAUUCAAUGUAGUAUUUGAAAACUCCUUUUUGAGGAUGAAGAGAAUAAUAUCAAUUCAAUUCCUGCCAAUAUUUUGGGGCGCAAUCAAUAUUUCGCUCUAUCAAAUCUUACAUUACAGACGAAAAUCAGAGUAAUUUCAAUUAAAUUAUGUUUGGAAGGUAUCAUAAGAACAUUUCUAUUACAAAAAAUAAAAACAAUAAACAUAAUUCUACUGUUUUAUACCUACUUCUUGGCAUACUACAUCAAAUUGGCUACAGCACAUCUUGUCAACCAACAGUUUGUAUUUAUGCUAAAGUUAGCAGUUAAAAUCGACUGAGAUCGGUCCAAUUAUUUUCUAUCACUGUCGCAAUUGUGUGUCUCGUAUUUGCAAUUUUUUUGGAACACUUUCGAAUUGGUCAACAUCAAUUUGAGUUAACAAACUUUUAAAGUACUUUAAUUAUUAAAAUCCAUUGGAAACUAAACAAGGACGCAAUUCUCUACUAUAUGCAAAUGUAUUGGUUUAGCAAAAACACCUAUUUUUACAUUAGUCACACUUCCAAAAAAAAGUUAUACUUAUUUCAAUAUUUUUUCAAUGAAAAAGAAAAAAAUAAAAAAUCCUUAAAUACUGAAUACUCUAACUAUAGUUUUCCUUAAGAUACCAAAAAAAAACAAAAAGAGAGUCGUGCAACAAAGCCAACGGCACUAUAAAAACUUUUUCAAAUUUAUUUAUUAUUAUAUAAUCCUUUUAACUACAUUUAUACAACAAUUAAGAAAAAAAACAAAACAAACAAAAAACAGGACAUUCUAAAUGUCUUAGGGUUCAAAUUUUAUUUCCGUUUAUGUUUUUUAUUUCUAUUUUUUUAUAUAAAAAUUUGAAGCUUUUUGCCCAAAUAUUUACUAUUUAUUAUGACAAUUUACGUACAUCUAUAUAUAUUUAAUAAUUAUUAAAAAACAACAACAACACACAACUAUUAACAACAAUAAAAUGAACAAAGAAAAAAACAAAUAUUUUUUUUAAACAUUAAAAACAACGUCUUCUUCUGCUUUAAGUUAAAAGCGAUAAAAAUUUAAUAAUUUUUAUUAACAACAACAGCAACAUAAUUUCCAAAAAAUGAACAAAUGUUUUAUGAAAAUUGAAAAACAAAAACCGAAAAAGGUCACUUAAUUAAUAAAUCUAAAACAAUAAAAUGAAUAAAACAUGCAACGCAAGAAGAAAAAAUCAAAAACAAACUCCAAAAGCUGAAUAAAAUAAAUUUAAAUAAAAAA